UUCCAAGUUUUCGGCAUACCAAAUCUGCCUCUGAAUUGCUACUUAUCUGAGUCUUUCCCAAGUUUUGCUUUACUUUGACGCAAUCAUGAGGCAACUGUUGUUGCUGUUGGUUGGAGUCGCUUUUGCGCAUGCCGCUGUUCCUACCCAGGAAGGGUACUUUGCGGCUGGGCGUGAGUACUUGUACCGGUAUGAAGGUCAGGUACUCAGCGGGAUCCCGGGGGUCAGUAAAGAAGUGGCAGGCAUCAAGAUUGUUGCCGACACGCGCAUCCAGAUGAGGGAUGACAACAAAUGUCUACUGGAGUUGGAGGAAGUGGAAUUGUCCAAGCUUCAGACAGAGACAGAGAACCCGGCCAAGCAGCAGAGCCAGGACAAACUCCAGCGUCUGCAGCCAGAGAUUGAACAACCCAUCCUGCACCAGCUGGUCAAAACCAUUGAGUUCAGAUACGUGGAUGGAAAGGUCUCCCACAUUGUGACAUCUCAAGAUGAGCCGGUGUGGUCUGCUAACGUCAAGAAGGCAAUCUUGGAACUGAUGCUGGUCAACAUCCGCGGCACUGAUGACUUGAAUGAACCAGACUCACAGAGCACACAGCCUAGCAACAUUAUUCGCCAGAAGGAACACUACCGUGUGAUGGAGAGAGGCAUCGCUGGUAACUGCGAGUCGGUUUACAACGUCAAGGUUUCUAAGCCCGUGUCCAACAUCAUCGACAAACAAGUGCAGCCCAAGCGCUUUGUCCUGAACAUCACCAAGACCCGUGACCUCAUUGAGUGCCAACAGCGCACCCAGCGCUCCAAGCUUUCCAUCCUGGCUGGCAAGAAGUGCGAGCGGUGCCAGAAGGAGCAGCAGGAGGAUACCCAGCAGCCUCUGACAAAUGAACCGAUCCCAGAGCCCUUCAGCCAGCCCACUGAGAAGAAGGAGGAUCUGAUGAAAUGCCUCAGCCAGGUGCGUUACAGCAUCAGUCUGAAGGACCACACCAAGUUUAUGAUCGACGCCGUGGUGGCCGAGGGCAAACACAUCUUCCAGCCGUUUGGACAGAAGGGUGGACGGGCGGUCACAUUCGUCAACCAAACCUUCAUCCUGAAGAACACACGCGAGACACCCGAGGACCAACUCAUCCCCGACGUGACGAACCCCAAGCAACAGCCCGAGGACCUUCGCUUCGUCUUCCAGGAUUGGACCAAGCACCAGCACGACGCUGAGGAGGACCGUGAGCUGACGGCCGAAGACGGACCCCACAUGAGCCAGAUCCGCCAUAAGGUGAAGCUGUUCCUUCAGACGAUCUACGACAGUAUCCAUGACGACCGCAUCACCGAGGACGCCCCCAAGCGUUUCAUCCUCUUGGUCAAGACGCUGAACAAGUUCAGCCCCCUGGAGCUCACCCACAUCUAUGACAGACUCGGCAAGAAGUUUGCCAGCGACACGGAGGAUGUCAAGGAAAAGAAGCAAAUUCUGCUGGAUGCGCUCAUCCAGGUGGAGAACGACAAGUCCGUGGAGAUUCUGAUCGACCAGAUUGGCAAGAGGAAUCUCAUCAAAGAGGAAGCCAGUCAGAUCCUGAGCACCAUCGCCUUGAUCAAUGAGCCCACGGAAGACAUGCUGGAUAAUAUCCUGCGUCUGUGCAAGGGCCCCGUCCUCAACGGCAUUAAUGCUGACAAGCAAGUCAGGAAGACCUGCUGGCUGAGCUUUGGCUCCCUGGUCCACAAGGCCUGCAAAAUCAACCAGAUCUGCUCCGAAGUCAAGAAGCAGGAAUAUUCACUGAACCUGCUGGCUGGUAUCGACCCAUCACGCACCCCAGAGGACCAGCGCAUGUGCCUCAAGGCCAUCGGCAACGCUGGCCUGAUCCUGAAGCAGACGACAGACGCCGAGACCGACUCCAUCGACAGGAUCGCUGAGAUCAUCAAGUCAAAGACCGUGGAUGUUGAUCUGCGCGUGCAGGGCAUCUACUCGCUACGCCGCCUGGCCAAGAAUGAGCCACAGAGGGUUGUGCCCCUCUUGAUGCCCUUCGUCAAGAACAUGGAGGAGGACCCCCAGGUCCGCGUCGCCGCCUACGUCAUCAUCAUGGACGCGGAGCCCAAGGCUGACGUGGUCCUGUCCAUCGUGAAUGACCUCAAGCAAGACAAGUCCAAGCAAGUGGCCAGCUUUGUCUACAGUCACCUGGAGGGGCUGGUCUCCAACUACCAAUACUGCAAGAAGAACCUGACCAAGGUUGCCAGGAAGGCACUACUGACGCUGAAGCCCAUCGUCCAAGGAGCACUGUACUCCAAGAGAUUCAUGUGGUCGCCUACCUCCUGGCAACAGAAGAUAAGUCUCAGCUCGGAAGCUUCCCUGAUCGGCACCCCUGCAUCCCCGUUCCCUGUCAGUGGCUCCGUCAAGCUGGGCGCCACCAUCCUGGACCACAGCCUCAACAUCGUGGAGGCCGGCUUCCACGCCAAGAACCUGCGAGACAUCGCUGAGAAGAUCCUGGGCAUUGCCCGGCCCGUCCGCAAGACCAAGGAGUUCAUGAAGAAGCUGAACGCCCCCCUGUCCGACAGCCGGGAGAAGUCCCCGGCCCAGAGAGACCUUGACGCUCUGGAUGGACAGCUGCGAACGACUGUGAUCGACUCCGACACCAAUGCUCUGAAGGCCUCAGGCUACUUGAAGUUCUUCGGCAACGAGCUACGAACCGUCACCGUGGACAAGCCCACUAUCUGGUCCUACCUGGAAGGCACAUCCGAGAAAAUGGUCGACAUUGAGGACAAGAUGCGCUCAGGUGAGAACCCCUACUCCUACCGCAAGCUCUUCAGCCUGGGCCGGGGCGUGCACGAGAUCCCGACAGAGAUCGGCCUGCCACUGCAGCUCUGGGUGGACUCUGCAGCCAUGGUGGCGCUGGACGUCAGCGGCAGGGCUGUCCUGACGCCCAGACUGACUGACGUUCUGAGUGACAAGGCUGUCAAGCUGGAGACGGUGGACGUGACUGGAACCGUCAAGCCAAGGGCCGCUGUUACCAUCAUGGCCAAGAUGAAAGUCUCCCUGGACAACGUCAUGUCCGGUCUGUACCUGAACGGCGCCAUGAACACAUCGGCCGUCCUCACCGGCAAGCUUAACGUCGACGUGGCCAAGAAGCUGUACGAGACUCGCUUUGACACGCCCUCCACUGAGCACCAGGCCGUCUCGCUGCGCAGCCGACCCUACACCUUCACUUACAUCGAAAAGCCAGAGCAGGAGACGAUUCAGACCCCUGAAGUUGUCCGAGAGUCCCAAGAGAACAACCGGUAUACCUUCAAUAAGAGACUGAUCAAGGGCAAGCUGAUGAGCCCCAGGCCGGUCACGAGCACCUGGAAUGUUGGCAAGGACUCUCUCGGCGUUGAGAUGGAGUUGAAGACGCGUCGCGUGCCGCGCUCCUGCAGCUUCACCUACGGCCCGACCCAUCUGAUCUUCAACGGCCCCGUGGAUGUCAACGUGACCGUCAGGCCCGGGCAGAAUGCCCCCAGGAACGUCGUCGCUUACAUGAAGCUGGAGAACGAGUUCAAGACGCAGCAGCAGUACCAAGAAUUCAAGGAGAAGUUCUUACUGAAGCAGCACUUCAUGACCGAGUCCAGCUCCGAGGAAUCGGACGAGCACGAUCACGUUAACGGCAAAGACGUGCCCAUCCCCAUGUACCAGAAGCCGCAGACGUCGUUCCGCACCGUGGGCAUGGAGUUCCUGAAGCGCUUCGAGGACUGGAAGUACGACAGUGCCAAGUGGCCGUUUACCAGGGAGGAGGUAGAGGACAGGUCACAUGACCAUACCGAGGAGGUUAUCCCAGACAGCACUAAGAGCGUGGAACUGUACCAUAUCUACUUCAACGUUACCACCAAUGGCACCCAGCCAAUCCGUGAGCUAGUUAGCCGGAUCAGUCUGGAUCAGCAGGAUGAGUUCUACAAGGCGGUGCGCUUUGAUGUUAUGACUGCCAAGAAGAUCUUCCGUCCUGAUCCGGUCCACCAGGACCAGCUCCGUGAGGAGACGGAGGACAUCCAGACACUCUGCAUCCAAGGCGAGCUUGAACACCCAGCUUACGCCGUCACCCUCCCAGAGUCUCAGAAGCUGGAGCCCAUCCAGGGCCUGCCCGACGUUCCCCUGGACCCCAAGGUCCUCUUCAAGUUCAACAGCCAGUGGGGCAAGAGCUGCCUGGACGACCAGAAGAUGCAGAUCAAGGCUCGUGUCCAGAGAUCCGAGAAGCAGCAGAGAGAGCUUUUGGAGGAGACUCCAGACAAGAUUGAAUGCCUGAAGAACAUCCGGGAGAAUAACAAGUGCUCCCAGGCUUGUAAGUCCCUGCGUAAGGAACGGGAGGAGCUGCGGGCCAUCCACGCUGAGCUGACCCACAACGAGAUGGUCAAGAAGCCGUACAAGGCCUUUUUCUACCAGGGACUCGAGAUGGUCAAGAAGCUGAUUUGGGGAAGGGUUACGACCGAGCAGGCUGAAGUCCACAACCCCGACAAGACGGCUCUGCUGACUGGUGAACUGGAGAAGACCAACAAGAAGAUGAACAUCUCCAUCAAGCACGUCCGGGGCAACGUCAAGUUUGAGCGGGUCUGGAUUCCUCAGAUCAUCCAGGACUUGAAGGUCCUCCAGCCGUACAAGCUCCAGCGGCACAUGGUCAUGAGUUAUAGCGAGGAUAUGCUCAGUGGACGCAACAUCCACCACUGCAAGUCUCUGAGGAACGACUCCAUCAUCACCUUUGACAAGAUGAUCUUCAACUACGAGCAGAGCAAGUGCGAUCACAUCCUGGCCAAGGACUGCUCCAGCAAGGAACGCUUUGUCGUCCUGUCCAGGAAACUGACCCAGACCGGCACCAAGAAGAUCAUCACCGUCUACAUCGACAACACCAAGAUCCAGUUUGUGCCCAACUUGCUGGACCAGGACAUCACCACCCUGGUCAACGAAUCCAACGAGAACCUGGAGGUGCUGCAGAAGCUCAUCGUUGAGGACGGUGUGAUCAAGAACGUGCCCAUCGACUCGCCCACCGUCCACAUCAUGGAUCUGGAGAAGCAGGAGGAGGAGUCCCUCUGGCCGGAACCCUUCAGGACGAGCAGGGAGAGGAAGCAACAGUCUUGGGACAUGCCAGAGAGCGCCAGCUCUGAGGAGGUCGAGAUGGGAAGCGAGGAGCUGCAAUACUGGGAAGACUUCAAGGACCACGUCAAGGCAGACAUUGCCAUGGCACCUCAGCAGCUCUCUGCCAAGCCCAAGACCAUUGCCAAGAUCAUCCGCAAGAAGCUGGGAGACUCCAUCAUGCUUUUUGCCCCCGAACAAGAGCUGAAGGUCUUCUUCGACGGCCACAACGUCAAGGUUGAGCUGCCUCUGAAGUACAAGGGCCUGCAUUGCGGUCUGUGCGGUGAUUUCAACGGUGAGGUCUCUGAUGAGCUGGUCGGUCCAAACAGGGAGCUGUACAAGAACCCUCAUCGCUUCGGACGUAGCUUCCAACACACCACUGAGCAAUGCGCUAAAGAGGACCAGUGUGUUCCGUCAAUGGAAUUCGCUUAUGACACCGAGAUCAGCCUGCCAGGCAACAAGAACCAGUUUGCCUGCAUCACCAAGACCCCUCUGCCCCGCUGCCUGUCGACCUGCAGGCCCUCCCAGGAGGAACCUGUAGACGUGGAGCUAGUCUGCAUCGAGCACGAGGGCACCACGGAUCCAUUCGCCACCAGUAGCCGCGACGUCCUCAUCAAGAAGUACGGAGCCAAGACGGCCGACUACAAGACAACCUUGCCGAUGGCUACUAGGUGCGCCCGCCAGAAUUAGACCCAUGCGACAAAGAUUCUUUCGUGGUCCUUGAGUAUAUAAACCGGUAACACAUGAUGGCUUAGCAUCUUAAACAAUAGAAUCUCAUCACCAGCUUUUCAGCAUGCAUGCAUAGAUCCAUGAUUUUUAAAAGCAUUUCUUUAUAUAACUCUGCCUUUGUCUGUGUGAAAUUUUGUGUAGUAUUUCUGAUUUGUAUUUAUCUGUGUGUAUCCAGUAUGGCAGAAGUGCACUUUUUGGGGCACUACUAGACCUGGUUAAAAUAUUGCACUUGUCAUUGGUUAAGUGGGUAAAGAUUUGCUUGUACAUUUGAUUUGUUGCUGUAAGGAAAGUAAAAAUGCUUUAGCUUUUAAUUAAUAAAUGAAUAAAAAAACAAAAAAUACCUGUAGACUUGUGGGUUUUAAAACCUAGUGAAGUAGAUUAAUUUUACUAGAUUUUUUUUUAUGGAGCAAAAAUAUGGUCAGUAUUAAAAUUCAAUUUGAUCAAUUUCUUCAAUUGUUGUCAAAAGCAUUUUAACCAUUCAUUUGGUGUUGAUCCAGGUGUGCCUUUUAGAGAAAAUAUUACACAAAUUAACAAAAAUUAUCACAAUCUGCAGUCUGGCUAAAACUGAUCAACAUUGAAUUCUUGUGUGAAAUAUAACAUGUGUAAUAUUAAUUUUUUAUGUAUUCAUUGAUUUUUAUGUAUUCAUUUAUUGUGUUCCUGGAAUUGUCUGUGUUUCCUUUCCCUUUUUGCUGAUAAAGUGAAUAAAUUUGAUAACCGGAUUACUUCAGCAUAAAAAA